GGGUGUGUGGUGAGGAUUGACUCGUGUUUGUGCUGUUGACACAACAGCGUCACCUGAGCUGUGCACAUAUUAACCUCACAAGAGAAGAAAGCAACAAUAUAGACUCCAGAAAUAACUUCUUUAAGCAAAAAGGCAACAACGUGAUGUAGCUAUUAAAAUGGAGUAUGGUGAGAGGCUCACACAUUUCCGACAAACCCGACUCAAUCCCUUUGAUCGUGGAGAGGAAGAAGAUGACCCCCAAGACGGAAAACCUGUUCCAAAGCAAGAAUCCAGACCAGAGUUGUUGUCUGGGACUCGGACCCACAGCUCUGACAGGACCAUGGACUUGGGUUUGGCUGAAGAUCACUUCUCUAGGCCUGUGGGUUCAUUUGUUGCUUCUGACAUUGAAAAGCUGAAGCUUGCCAUUGAGGAAUGCAAGAAAUUGAUCUUGGAGUUGCCAGAACACUCAGAGCGGCAAAAGGACACUGUAGUUAAACUCAUCCACCUUCGCCUCAAGCUGCAAGAGCUCAAGGAUCCAGAGGAAGAUGAGCCUAAUUUGAGAAUUCUGUUAGAGCACCGAUUUUCUAAAGAAAAGAGCAAAAGUGUGAAACAGACAUGUGACAAGUGUAGUGCCAUUAUUUGGGGUCUCAUCCAGACUUGGUACACCUGCACAGGAUGUUAUUAUCGUUGUCAUAGUAAAUGUCUGAACUUGAUAAAUAAACCCUGUGUGAGGUCCAAAGUCAGCCAUCAGUCAGAGUAUGAGCUGAGUAUCUGCCCUGAGAUUGGUCUGGACCGACAAGACUAUCGCUGCUCUGAGUGUCGGACACCAGUUUCACUGAGGGGAGUGCCAAGUGAGGCCAGACAAUGUGACUAUACAGGCCAGUAUUACUGUAGCACGUGUCACUGGAAUGACACAGCUAUCAUCCCUGCCCGGGUAAUUCAUAACUGGGAGUUUGAACCACGAAAGGUCUGCCGAUCUUCACUACGUUACUUAGCCCUUAUGAUGCCUCGACCUGUAUUAAAGUUAAAAGAAAUCAACCCACUGCUCUUUAACUUUGUGGAAGAGCUGGUCGAGAUCAGGAAACUUCGUCAAGAUAUUCUCCUAAUGAAGCCCUAUUUUAUCACCUGUAAGGAGGCUAUGGAGGCUAGGCUUCUCUUACAGCUUCAAGACCGGCAGCACUUUGUGGAAAAUGAUGACAUGUAUUCACUACAAGAUCUGAUCGACAUUUCCAGUGGCCGCCUCAGCUGUUCCCUCACAGAGAUUCAUACCACAUUUGCAAAACACAUUAAAUUAGACUGUGAGAAAUGCCAAGCCAAAGGAUUUGUGUGUGAAUUGUGCAAAGAGGGAGAUAUCCUGUUCCCUUUUGACAGCCAUACUUCAGUCUGCCAGGACUGCUCUGCUGUCUUUCACAGGGACUGUUACUAUGAUAACUCUACAACUUGCCCAAGAUGUACCCGGAUGACAGGGCGUAAACAGGACGAGCCGCUGGACAUGCAAACUACAUAAUAAUGAAAAUAAUACUACCUGUUGCACUUACUCAUAUUUAAGUUCUUUGAAAACAUCAAGUAUUAAUGCAGAUAAUGUUUAAUUCAUUCUGUAUUCUGUAUUUAACUGUGCAAUGUGUCAUUGUGGAUUGUACAGGGUAUCCAUCUAAUCAAAUUUAUUUUAUUUUAAUUUAAUUUAGACUGAAAAAACAAACUGAACUUUUUGAACCUUUGUUUAAGUGUGUGAAGGGAAGUGUUUGGAGCUGUACUUUAUUGCAUGAAGUUAUAUAACUAGUUUAUACAAAUCAUUCUCUGCCUCAAAAACAUUUCAGUGCUACAUUUUUAAGAGGCCUCAAAAUAAGUUGAUAAAAUCCAUUUGAUGCAGUAAUCUAAUCACUCGUUUACCCCACCCAUUCUUUUUAACUAACUAACUAGAUGUUUUGUUAGUUUUCCACAAAUGUUAUAGCAAUGCAGAUUUAUUUGGAAUAUUCCUUCUGCCUCUAAAUGAGGAGAGUCCAAUUUCAGGUUUCCACCUUGUAAGAUUAAAAAAGAGAAAAAAAGAAACUAAAGUGAAGUGGAAGUGAACAUUGACAUUAAUUAAGAAGGCCACAGUUACAGGUAGACUAUUACCCAAAUAAAUAAAUUAUGGGGAAAUUUGCAUCCCAAUAAAAAACUGCCAAGGUAUCAAAAACUGCCCUACUUAAAUGCUGUUUGUUAGUGCAUAUUAAUUCUCCAAUUAAUCAGAUUUUUUUUUAAAAGCAUUUUUCUUUCAGGGUAGACUAUGCAUUAAUGUUACUAAAACUACAUUAGCCUCACACUAGGGGUGAAAACAAACUAAAUGACGUAUUGUACAAUGUUGUUCAGUAUUGCACGAAUAAAACAUCAAGAAUCAG